CAUGACAAAUGACCAUGACAACAAUGAUAACGACGACGAUGACGACGAUGACCACCACCACAACGAUGACGAAAAUGAGCAUGACCAUGGCAAACGACCACGACGACGACAAUGAUAACGACAACGAUGAUGAGGAUGAGCACCACCACGACAAUGACAAAAAUGACCAUGACCAUGAUCAUGACAACGAAGACGAUGACAAUGGUGAAAACCACCAUGACCAUGACAACGAAGACGAUGACAAUGGUGAAAACCACCAUGACCAUGACAACGAAGACGAUGACAAUGGUGAAAACGAUGACCAUGACCAUGGCAAACGACCACGACGACGACAAUGAUGACGAAGAUGACCACCAC